CGGGUGAUAUUGGCAUGGGAUUUUAACCCUCCGGCUUCGCUCUACCCAGGCAGAAACAGCAUCUCCCAGCCUUUCAAUGCAGGCGUGGAGACCCUCUUCAGCUCAGCCAAGCUGCAUGCAUGCUCUAAAUGCCUGCAGGACGGAGAACUCCUGAGCCUUGCCAUGGGAUGCCUUGCCACGCUGAGGGGAUUCCUCCUUUAAGAUGGGUAAUAAGCAGACGAUAUUUACAGAUGAACAGCUAGAUGCCUAUCAGGAUUGUACCUUCUUCACACGAAAGGAGAUCCUUCGGUUGCACGGGCGCUACCACGAAUUGGCACCAAACAUGGUACCCAUGGACUAUACCAAGAAUCCAGAUGUUAAACUACCUAUGCAGCUCAUAGUAAACAUGCCAGAGCUACAGGAGAACCCCUUCAAGGAGAGGAUUGUCCACUCUUUUUCAGAGGAUGACGAAGGGAACCUCAGCUUUAAUGACUUUGUUGAUAUGUUCUCCGCACUCAGCGAAACGGCUCCCCGGGAGCUAAAAGCAGUCUAUGCCUUUAAAGUCUACGAUUUUAACACUGACAACUUCAUUUGUAAAUCUGAUCUGGAACAAACCCUCAACAAGUUGACAAAAGAAGAGCUCACGGAAGAAGAAGUCAGCCUGGUUUGUGAAAAAGUCAUCGAUGAAGCCGAUAUGGAUGCUGACGGGAAACUUGGCUAUUCAGAUUUUGAGAACAUGAUUUCCAAAGCGCCAGAUUUUCUCAGCACUUUCCAUGUACGAAUCUGA